UUGUAUUCACGCUUCCAAGUUUCAAAAAUCGAGAGUGAAAAAUCUGAUACAGAAACAGACAUGGAACAAGCAGCAGCAGACGGAGAGAUGAUAGGGAAGCUAUACAAGGCAAUAUAUGAGAACAAGUGGUCCGCGGCAAAAGUAAUCAUAGAUGCCCAUCCUAGUUGCUUGAACGCACAACUCUCUGCUAUAACAGGCGAAACAGCUCUUCAUGUGGCUGCAAAGUUCAGCCAUGUGGGCAUCGUAGAGGAGUUGUUGAGAUUAGUCCCACCCGAGUAUCUUGAAAUCCUCGAUGCCCGUGGCUUUACUCCACUUAUGACAGCCUCAACAUAUCGUGGACUCAUUCCUAUUGCAAAAUGCUUGAUCCAAAAACAUAGCAAUGCACUUGAAAUUCCCGUUGCAGGAUCUUCAUGGCUUCCAGUUGCAUUGGCUUUUCGGUGCGGCCACGACAAAAUGGGGUGCUAUCUCUAUUCUCGUACUCCUUUGCGAGUCUUGAAACCAGAAAAUGGCCUUUUGUCAGGUGCUACCCUUCUCAGUGCAUGUUUAUCCUCUGGAAAUCUUGAUAUUGCACUGGAUUUGCUUCGUCGAUGCACAGAACUGCUUUUCGCUCCUGACUAUGCCGGGACCAGAGUGAUUCGAAGGAUUGCGGGCUUUGUUCCUAAAUAUUCUCUCAACACAAGUCAACAUUGGUGCUGGCAGCGAUGGAUUUAUCACUAUACCAAAAUACCAACCACUGCCACGGAGCAUUCUUGUGUAGACACGGAACAAGAAAGCGAGAGUAACAAAGCCCGAGGGUUAAAUCUACUGCACUUGCUCAUCUCCCACAUCUAUAAUUUGUCAGGAAUGAAGGAAAUGUAUAAGAAGAAGCUGCAACAUACACAAUCAGAUGAAAUUUUGAACUUUGUUUGUGAGAAACUAAAAUUUCUGGAUCAGGAUAAAGAAACACAUAUUACAGAAGCGCUCCAUACUGCAGCUAGGAAUGGGCAAGCUGAGUUUUUGUUAAGAGCAUUGAAAUCAAACCCAGUUCUAAUCACUCUUGCCACUCUUCCUGAUCCAAAUGGGAACAUAUUCUUCUCUGGUAUUUCAUUUCGUCAAAAUGAGAUUUUCAACCUCCUCCAUGGGUUUCGAUUUAAGGAUAAUGUUGUAUCAUUAAUCAGCGCAUCCUCCAGCAACACCUUUCUGCAUGAAGUAGCCAUGUUGGCUCCGGCUUCAAGACUGAACAGCAUAUCUGGUGCCGCUCUGCAACUGCAAAGAGAAAUGCAGUGGUUCAAGGCAGCAGAGAGUGUGGUGGCUCCCGGAUAUAGUUUGUUUCGGAAUUGCGAUUGGUUGACUCCUCUAGAAUGCUUAAAAAUAAAUCACAAAGAACUGAGGAAUGAAGGCGAGAAAUGGAUGAAAGAUACUGCAUCUUCUUGCUCAGUUGUGGGUGCUCUGAUCAUCACCAUCAUGUUUACAGCAGCUUUUACAGUUCCAGGAGGGAAUGAUCAAACUUCUGGGUAUCCAAUUUUCCUACAGGAAAAGUUGUUCAAGGUUUUCUUAAUUUCAGAUGCAUUGUCAUUGUUUGCUUCUACUACUUCUGUGCUCACAUUCUUAGGAAUCCUCACGUCGCGGUAUGCAGAAGAAGAUUUCCUUUACUCCUUGCCUAAAAAACUGAUCAUAGGCCUUUCUACACUUUUUCUCUCCAUUGCAACUAUGUUGAUAGCAUUUUCUGCAACAAUAAUCAUAUUGUUGGAACAUAACUCGUCACGUUUAGGGGCUUUUCUCCCUGUUAUUAUGCUUGCUAGUGUUCCAAUAACCCUCUUUGUGUUAUUACAAUUCCCUCUUCUUGUCGAAAUAAUUUCUUCUACUUAUGGUCGCGGCAUUUUAAACAAGAAGGUGAGCAAGUGGCCAUGAAUGUGUGUACUACACAUCUUACCAUAUGUAUUUUCUUUCCCUUUUUCAUUUGGAG